AUGCCAAUCGCAAAUAUCUAUAUUUUAAAGGGGUUAAAAAUGCUCCAUAGCUGGUAUGCAUAUCCAAUACUAUAUAAAAUGACCAUUAAAGAGUUUUUUGAUAAACUUAUUAUAGGUGAAAUAUCUUCAGAGUAUGAUAUUUCCAUAAGCUUCUCUGAAACAAUCGAUCGUAUUGAAUUAAGCCAAACGUUAGGUGCAGGUGCAACAACUAUUCAAGCUAGCUCUCAUUGUGAAAUAAUAGAAUCAACUAAAGCAUUUGGUUUAAAUAUACACUAUCGUCUUAAAACUAGUGAUAUCAUAAUCUUUCAUUUAGUGCUAUGUCAAAAUGCACUAGAAAUUCUUAUACAAACUCAAAAAAAAAAUUUUUUGCUAAGCCCCUUGCAAUAUAAAAGGCUAAACAAUAAACAAGUAUUAUAUAAUGAUAUAAUCGAAUGGAUUUGUCAAAAUGGUGAGGAGUGGUCUUCAAUUGAGAAUGCUAAUGCACAAGGAAAAAAAUUC